AUUCCCUUCAGAUCGGAGCGCUCCAACCGCUGCACGCGCCGGCCAUUAGACAAUCAAGACCCGAACGUGCUCACAGCUAUGACCCUCCUGCUCCCUCUACCUGGAUUAACUCUUAAGUAACCACCGGUUGUCGCCCCCCCGCUCCCUCUAACGUCAACCCGUAGCAGCAGCCUCACCGGCCCAUCGGUCCUGUCCCCAGUCUGCAACUCUCUGCUUUGUUCUGCUGCCAUGGGGUUCGUUGUUUCCUUUUUGCCUGGGCAGCUGACGGGCUUGAUCGUGCUGUGAAGCGGAUACCAGGUGGAUUUAUGGUCGUCAAAGCCGCAACUACCAGCAGAGGGAAAUUAGUGGAAGUUUGAGCUCCGAGAGGAUGCAGGUGACGUGUUGGUGCGCCGUGUUCCUUCUGACGCCUGCGCUUUACCUGGUUGCAAGUGCCCACACUUCAAAGUCAGACAUUGUCAAAUCAGGACAUCCAAAAUCCACGCUUAAGCAUAUAUGGACAGAAAACAGUAAGGAAAUGUCCAUCAGUAGGCUGCUGUCACAGACUCUACAAGGCAAGGAGAACAGCACAGCCUUGGAUCUUCGCUAUGACACUCCAGAGCCCUAUUCAGAGCAAGACCUCUGGGACUGGCUGAGGAAUUCCACGGACCUGCAGGACUCACGACCACGGGCUAAACGGCGGCCUAUGGUCAAGACAGGAAAGUUUAAGAAGAUGUUUGGCUGGGGGGACUUUCAUUCCAACAUUAAGACGGUCAAACUUAACCUACUGAUCACUGGUAAGAUUGUGGAUCAUGGCAAUGGCACCUUCAGUGUCUACUUUCGCCACAACUCUACAGGUCAGGGCAAUGUGUCUGUUAGCUUGGUGCCUCCAACCAAGAUAGUUGAGUUUGAUGUGGCAGCACAGCAGUCCGUCAUUGAUGCCAAGGACUCAAAGUCCUUCAACUGCCGUAUAGAGUAUGAGAAGGUGGAGAAGGGUGCCAAGAAUACACUCUGCAACUUUGAUCCAUCCAAGACAUGCUACCAGGAGCAGACCCAGAGCCAUGUCUCCUGGCUUUGCUCCAAACCAUUCAAAGUCAUCUGCAUCUUCAUUUCCUUCUACAGCACCGACUACAAACUGGUGCAGAAAGUGUGCCCAGACUACAACUACCACAGUGACACACCCUACUUCCCCUCCGGCUGACAGUUCCAUACACUCACAAACAACAUAGUGGACAAGUGGAGCACAGACUGGGACUUCUACCCAGCUCAGAGAAAUGUGUAUGUUAGCCCUUAUGUCCCUUAACAUGUCCAUGCCAGAGUUAGCCAUCCCUAAAUGAUUCCCUUAUUUAAUGGUCUGAAUUUAGCUGAAAGAGCAAAGAGCAACUUUUAAUUGUUAUAAAAUGUGCUACAUUAAACUGUAAGAUGCUUAAAAAUGACCUCAAAAACUUUAUCAGUUAGAAUUUUAUCCCUGAAUUAUGGUUUGUCCAAGAUGAAUCAUAUAAAAAGCAAGGGCCUUUUGGUCAUCUCAUGCUAGUAAUAGUACAGACUAGUCACUACUCAACUCCUUUCUAGUUUCUUGUUAUUUUUGCAUCACACCCUAGUCCAGCUGAAUGUUAAUAAUCUUGUUUUCCUUUAGCAUACUUCAAUAUACAGUGUAUUAACUCUCUUGACAGGAUAUUGACUGUUUGCCCCUCUGGUGCCACUUUCACUCUGCAUAUUAUCCUGAAUAAUGGUAAACAAAAUUAGCCCCUCAUUUAAAAAGAAUGAACAAUAACCAUCAGAUAUUGUUUACAAAAGGUAGCUGAGGAUGACAAUAAAAAUUCACAUAUGAGUGCGAUGCUUUUAGAAAUGUGAAGUUGCCUAAAGGGUGAGCUGGGACCAAGCAGGCAUCUUCCUCCCAGUCAGGUGAGGAAAAUCUUUUAACAAUCUCAAACAGUGUAACAUGGUCAAACUAUGUUACACUUUUUCUGAUAACAACCUAACCAGCUUCUGAGUUGGUUACCUGAUUGGCCAUGUUCUGAACUUAGAAAAUUUCUGAUUAACUGACUGACUGAUCAGUAGCUUGUUGGGGAUGGGACUUGCUCAUUGUCACUUAUAGCAAAUGUAAUGUAUUGAAUUCUAUAUAUUAGACCUUAAUUUCUAUGAAUGGUUUGUAUUGUACAUAGUUUAUCCCAAUUAUGCUGCUCUGUACAUGCCCCAUGAGCUGUGUUUUGACCACCUCUGCCAAGUCCUCUUGAAAGUCCAUUUAUGCUUGUUCUUGGUUCCAGUAACAAACAAAAUGAUGUUGCUGCCCUAGGUGUGAAUUUCAUGAAAACAGAAAUCCUGUACAGAAGCUAUAAAACUGACUAAGUAUAU